GUUUAGCCAUCUUAGAAAAAGAUUUUGGGUUGAACAGUCAACCAACACAAACCGGGUCAACGAUCCUGAUCACCCCCAAACCCCAAUUCGCCAUAGUCAGAAACCACUUUUUCCUCACCAAGCUUUCUCUUCAAACUCCUACUCAAAGUCUGGAAUGCACGCAUUUUCGCCUUCCUUUUCAAGAAAUCCACCUUCUUGGAACCUGUCAAACCCCCGUUUACUCACCAUCGACAGAGUAUUUUAAGCUCCAAACUUCUGUUCAAUCCGGAACAAAAUCGAAGACGAUCAAACAAAUCAGUAAAGAAAAGAGAAAACAGGGAAAGAGAGAUCAGUAAUGGUCCUUCCUCUGUUGAAGCUCGGGACGCUUGCCCUGAAAACCCUUAGCAAACCGGUCGCCGCCAAGCUGAAGAAGGAGGCCGGGAAACACCCCAAGUUCCGGAGCUUCAUAAUCAGCGUCGCUCAGGCGAAUCACCGGAUUACAACAACUAUGCAACGGCGCAUAUAUGGUCAUGCCACUAAUGUAAAAAUCCGGCCGUUGGAUGAAGAGAAAGCUGUUCAAGCUGCUGGUGAUCUCAUUGGGGAACUUUUUGUCUUCUCGGUGGGAGUAGGCGCUCUCAUAUUUGAGGUGCAAAGGAAUGCUCGAUCAGAAGCCAAAAAGGAGGAACUCCGCAAACAAGACAUCGAGGGAUUGAGGAAUGAGGUGGAGCUUCUAAAGCAAGAGAUUGAGAUGGCCAAGGCACGAGGGCUUGCAGGCGUGUUUAGUCCUAGAAAUAAUCAUCCUGAAGAACCCAAGCAAACGCCUGUGGCUUCUUCUUGAUCUCGUGCAAUCGCAAGUUUUGCAUCUAACAUAUUUGUGUGGAAGGACGAUAAUUUUAUUCUUGUCAUUGGCUUGAAUCUAUUUCUGUGUGCAGGUUAUAGUAUAUUCAGCUCCUCUNCGAAUAUUUUGUUUU